CAGCAGCAGAGAGAGAGAGAGACAAUCACGCUCAGCAGUGCGGUGCAUACAUCGAUACAUCUCCGGCUCCUCUCUUUUUUUCGUAUUACAGCGUACCAAUUCGAAUUCGAAAAUGAGUACACAUGAGACUUCUUUCUCGUGGAAUUCUGUUUUCGAUUGGCUCCGAUCUGUUUACGAUUCCGGUUGGCUCAUCUUUCGUGUGCUUUUUAGUCGUGUCAGAGGGCUAAUGUCAUCAACGGAGAAAAUCGUCCUGAACGUGGGGUCAGGCAGUGAUGCCGAUCCCUCUUCAAAACAUAGACCCGCUGAGGUCGUCGCCUCAGAUAUGCAGAGAUUCAUGUUGAACCUGAAGGGCUCUUUCAUGCAAGAUGACGGUCGUGGCGUAGAUUAUGCCUCCAUCAAACGAAGUGAUGACUUCGCUGAGUUCCGGGAGAAAUGCAAGGAGUUGCGGGGUGUUGAUGUUUCCCUGCUUGACGAGGACAACAAGAAAGCAUUCUUUCUGAAUGUUUACAAUGCUCUGACUGUGCAUGGCCUGGCUAACAUGGAGAGCCUGCCAUCCAGUGUGCUGGAGGCACAGGACUUCUGGAGCAGAACGUGCUAUGACAUUGGUGGCCAUGUGUACUCGCUGGAUGACAUUGAACAUGGUAUCCUGAGAGCAAAUCGACCGCAUCCGGCCAAGAAACAGCCGUGCUUUGCAGAGGACGAUCCUCGCCUGUCGCUCGCCAUGGACAAGGUCGAUCCCAGAAUUCACUUUGCACUUGUUUGUGGAGCGAAGUCCUGUCCUCCCAUCAAUGUGUACUCGGCAAAGAACCUCAACUUUGGCCUGGAAGCAGCGACGCGGAACUUCUGUGACGGUGAAGUUCGAGUCCAGGAUAGCAAGGUUUCUAUGUCCAAGAUCUUCCUAUGGUAUGGUUGUGAUUUCGGAGAAUCGGACGCCGAGAAACUCCGGUGGUGCCUGCCAUAUCUGAAAGAAGACAACUCGGCCGAGGUCACGCGUCUUCUAGAUGCUGCUGGGGACGGUUCGCUGGGCUUUCUGUCUUACCACGCGUACAACUGGCAGCUGAACGGCAAGGCGGACAAGGAGAGCUGAUGUGUCUACUUCUUGAAAUCAUCUCCUCGAGCUGGUGCUCGUUGAACGCUGCACACACGCGCGCGCGUCCUUCUACACCGGGUGCGUGUUGUGCUUUUUCGGUGCAUGUUGUUCCACCUUGGCACCUUAAACAUUCAUUGUAUAUUCUGCACGGCUGGCCCUGCAGUUUUAUAUUUUUAGUUGCAGUAUUUACACUAUCCAUGCAAGUUGUUGAAUCGUGUGGCUCGUCGAGCCAGACACUGCAAUACGCUGGUCACUGGCAAAGUCCCCAUCUGCUUUUAUUCUGGUACUUUAUCUGAAAUCUACCUACUGAGUCAUCGGAAUAUUUCUUAUAUGUUUGUACACAUACCGGGUGUGCUAUUUUCAGCACAGCUCUUCACAUUCCAUAGGGUGGCUCAUUGGUUGGGUUCUCCCCAGGAGAACAACAAGA